AACCAUUGAAACAAACACAGUCAGAGAAAACAGAGGAUGAUGUGCACUCCACCACAUCAAGUACCAAUACUCCCCGUGCAGCAGCUCGUAAGAGUGCUGAUGCUGGUUUUAGUUUCAGAUUGGAGGAGCGUGCUGAGAAGAGAAAGGAGUUCUUCCAAAAGCUUGAAGAAAAAAUCCAUGCGAAGGAACUGGAAAAAAACAAAUUUGCGGGAGAAAUCUAAGGAGAGCCAAGAGGCUGAGAUCAAACUACUGAGGAAGAGCCUAACAUUUAAAGCCACACCUAUGCCAAGCUUUUACAAGGAGCAGCCACCCAAAGUUGAGUUGAAAAAGGUAAGUUGAUUUACUGCAUGUAGUGAGGUUCCUGAUAUAUUGAAA